AUGAACGGCGGACCACCAUCACCGUUGGGCGGCCUUCUGGACACGACGAAUCCCUACUUCAGCGCGGGAGCCGGUCUGUUCGUGCUCGGAGGCGGGGCAACGCUGCUGCGCGGCGGAUGGAAGUACGGAGCGGCCUACUUCCAACGCAAUUUUAUGGUCAAGAUGGAGAUCCCCUCCAAGGACCCCUCCUACUCGUGGGUGCUCAACUGGAUCACGGCAAGGGCCGCGCGGCAGACGCAGCACCUGAGUGUGGAAACAUUCUACCAGAAAGAUCCGACCGGUCGCAUCAAGACCUCCUACAAUCUCAUCCCCUCGACUGGACGCCACUUUAUCAAGCACAAGGGUUAUUGGAUGGUGGUGGAGCGAGCGCGCGAAAAGGCCAUGGUCGACUUGACGAGCGGCACGCCGUGGGAGACUGUGACGUUCACCACGUACGGACGCAACCGAGAGCUCUUCCUCGAUAUUCUCCAGGAGGCCCGCGACAUGGCGCUGGCCAAGGAGGAGGGCAAGACCCUCAUCUACACGGCCAACGGCUUCGAGUGGAAGGAGUUCGGCCAGCCGCGCGCCCGGCGGCCGCUCUCGUCGGUCAUCCUCGACGGCGACCAGGCCGAGCGUCUCGCAGGCGACGUCAAGGAGUUCCUCGCCAACCAAAGCUGUCGAUCUGAUGAUUCUGCCAUUCCAGGCAUUCCUUACCGCCGAGGCUAUCUUCUCUACGGACCGCCGGGAUCAGGCAAAUCGAGCUUCAUCACGGCGUUGGCCGGUGAGCUGCAGUACAACAUAUGCAUGCUCAACCUCAGCGAAAGAGGCAUGACAGACGACAAGCUGGCCUACAUGAUGAGCAUCGUGCCCACACGAAGCAUCACGGUGCUCGAGGACGUCGACGCCGCGGCCAUUCGACGAGAGCAACCCACGAGAGAAUACCAAAGCUGCGUCACCUUUAGCGGUCUCCUCAACGUGCUGGACGGUGUGGCGUCGUCGGAAGAGCGACUCCUCUUCAUGACCACCAACCACAUCGACCGAUUAGACCCGGCCCUCAUCCGACCGGGGCGCGUGGAUGUCAAGCUCGAGAUGGGCAACGCGAGCGCCGAUCAGGUCCGACGCAUGUUCCUUCGCUUCUACCCCGACCAUGAGCGGUCGGCCGACGAGUUUGUGGCGCGAGUGGAGGCGGCGGGCAAGCCGGUGAGCAUGGCGCAGCUCCAGGGCCACUUCAUGCUGUUCAAGGAGCAGCCCCACAACGCCGUGUCCAACGCCGAACUGCUUUCAGCCGAGUAG